GCGAGUACAGCACCAGGUCUAGAACGGGCUCCGAAGUCGCGUUUAAUCGCCUACGGAAUACCAAGGCAUAUCAUCGCGGAAAUAUACACCGCAGUAAGGCAUCGUCGACGGCUCGCCUCGUCGGUGACGACACCGCGGUCUCAGUUGGCCGGUUCGUUCCGAGUGACUCGUUAUUGUUUGGGUGAUAAACAAAUGACAGUCGGUUGACAUAUUUUUGUUGAUACGGGUGGGUGUCUGCGCCCUAUUUCUCCAGGGGAUCUCGUGUGGCUAUGCGGAGUGGAUCCGGUUGACAGGAGGGUUUCCGUUGGCCGUGGAAAUGCUGUUCACGUUCUGAUUUCCAGGGCACACACACUCCGAUGAGAGCUCGAACACGGCCGCCUGUACGAUGCCAGGCGGGACACAAGGCGAUGUGAAAUAAAAAGGUCGCAGAGGAUGGCUAGCGGAGCCCGGCCAGGCUCCCUGGUGCCACCCAGAGCGAACGGCACAGCUUACCCAGGACAGGCGUCUCCAGACGGGCCCCGAGUCGAGUCGUGCGCCAGGGUCGACACCCACUAUGAUCUCACCGUGGCCGCCGUCGUCUCCGUGUACAUCAUCUUCGGGAUACUGUACACUUUUUUAG